AGAACUGGCUCUCUUUUUAUCUUCGUUUUAUAGGCUAUUUGAAAUGUUAACAAUAGAAUUAUCUCACUUCAAAGGAAUGGGCCAACUCCAAAACACGCCUCAUGAAUAGUUGUAUCUUAUCUUGCUUUUUAUAGACUUACCGCUGUUACCCGAGACAGGGAUAACUCACAUCAUUCGAGUGUUUGCUUCUCUCAGAGUUCAACAUGUCUGCAGUGAAGCUGCUCCUUUUUUGUCUGCUUUUCAAAGAGGUUGUUGCCCUGUCAGGAAACUUUUGGCACAUCACGGACCUCCACUUGGACCCAUCAUACACACUGAACAAUGAGCCUGAAUUGGUGUGUGAAUCCAGCGGUACACGACCUGCAGCCAAUGCCGGGAGAUUUGGAGACUAUGCUUGUGACUCGCCAUGGCACCUUAUCAACUCCUCUAUAUAUGCCAUGAAGGAUAUUCUGCCAGAUCCGGAUUUCAUUGUAUGGACAGGAGAUGACACACCACAUAUACCCAACAAGGAUCUGGGAGAAGAGGCAGUGCUCAGCAUUAUCAGGAACCUCACCGACCUCAUAAAUCUUGUCUUUCCAAACAGUAAAGUGUACUCUGCCCUGGGAAACCAUGACUACCACCCUAAGAGCCAGCAUCCAGCAGUCCCAAACAACAUCUAUGACCGAACAGCAGAUAUGUGGCAGAAGUGGUUGGAUCCAGAUUCCCGAAAAACCUUUAAAAGAGGUGGAUAUUAUACAGAAAAGCUGCUGAAUCGAACAGGUUUUCGGAUGCUGGUCCUUAACACUAAUUUCUACUAUGACCAGAACAAGCUGACCAAGGACAUGGAUGACCCAGCGAGCCAGUUUAGCUGGGCCGAUGAGGUUCUUACAAAGGCGGCCAACAACAAAGAGAAGGUUUACAUCAUUGGCCACGUUCCUCCAGGUUUCUUUGAGAAGAAGAGAAAUAAAUCAUGGUACAGGUCGGAGUUCAACGAGAAAUACUUGGAGUUAAUUCAGAAGCAUCAUCCUGUCAUACUCGGACAGUUCUUCGGCCAUCAUCAUACUGAUGCCUUCCGCAUGUUCUACGAUUCAGAGAAUGAAGACACUCCUCUCAGUACAAUGUUCCUCAGCCCAGGGGUCUCACCGUGGAAAACAUCAUUGCCUGGAGUUGUGGACGGAGCCAACAACCCUGGAAUUCGUGUCUUUGAAUAUGACACCCAAACACUCCUGGUCAAAGAUGUGGUGACCUACUAUCUGAACCUGACUCGUGCUAAUGCAGCCCGGGGACGCUGGGAGAAGGAGUACCGCCUCACAGAGAGUUUCGGAGUACCAGACGCCUCCCCAGCCUCCAUGCACCAGGUUCUGAAGCGUAUGGCUGAAGACCGCUGCUACCUACAGAAGUACUAUAAGUUCAACUCUGUCAGCUAUGACCUGAAAGAGUGUGACAGUGACUGCCGUGCUGACCACGUGUGUUCAGCCAGAGAGGUAGACUUUGAAAGUUAUGAAAAAUGUCUGGAAAAGGAAGGGGCAGCUUCAAUCUCUGCUGGGUUGCUGCCACUACUGUCUGUGGCAGUAAGUCUGGUGUUGGCCAAUAGGUAAAUAUCAUCUAUAUCACAGAUGAUGUGUAAAUUAUUGAAGCUUCAAAGAGUCAUGCCAUAGAAAAACUGAUUUUAAGAGUUUUGAAUAUUGUUGCCUUGUAAGACAAUAUUUAACAUUUAACAUGACAGGUUGUUUUCAUAUUUUAAAUUCUAUAACUUAAAUGAGUGAUGCACUAGAUAUAAUUAAGCAAGAAAAAGCAACUUUUGGCUUCAGCGAUCUUUAAUGUGGCCUUUCUACCAAGGUUUAUUGGUACUGCUUGAAUGUUUUAAUUUUACAGUAGAUAGAAAUUCUUUUGGCUGAAGAAUAUGAAGCUCAUACUAUGCAACUGUAAGGUUCAGGUUCAGAUCCAGACUGGUAUUUGUCUCACUUUACUGUUUUUACUGUCUAUUUAAUAAAGCCAGAU